GUAACCAGUACUAGAAUGAUUAGUAACUUGGAAGCUGUUCUUUCUCCAAAAGGAUUCUCACCAAUCAGGUUCUCUCUGCAGUUGCUGCUGUAGCUUGUGAAAUGUGGCCUGGGGUCUUACAUUUCCUUUGCUUUGCAGCUGGCACAUGCUCAGGACUGACAGUAAUGGUGCCCUCACACACCAUCCAUGGCAUCAGGGGUCAGGCCCUCUAUCUCCCUGUGAACUAUGGCUUCCACACUCCGGCUUCAGACAUCCAGAUCAUAUGGCUGUUUGAGAGACCCCAUACAAUGCCCAAAUACUUACUGGGCUCGGUGAAUCAGUCUGUGGUUCCUGACCUCGAAUACCAACACAAGUUCACCAUGAUGCCACCCAAUGCAUCUCUGCUCAUCAACCCACUGCAGCUCACUGAUGAAGGCAGCUACAUCGUGAAGGUGAACAUCCAGGGAAAUGGAACCCUCUCAGCUAGUCAGAAGAUACACGUCACUGUUGACGAUCCUGUCACAAAACCAGUGGUGCAGACUCAGCCUUCCUCUGGAGCAGUGGAGUAUGUGGGGAACCUGACCCUGACAUGCCUGGUGGCAGGGGGUACCCGGCUGGUUUACCAGUGGUUAAAAAAUGGGAGGCCUGUCCACACCAGCUCCACCUACUUCUUUACUCCCCACAACGACACCCUUCAUAUUACUCCAGUGACUAAAGGAGACAUUGGCAAUUACAGCUGCCUGGUAAAGAACCCUGUCAGUGAAAUGGAAAGUGACAUCAUUAUGCCCACCAUAUAUUAUGGGCCCUACGGACUUCGAGUUAAUUCUGAUAAAGGACUAAAAGUAGGAGAAGUGUUCACUGUUGAUCUGGGAGAAGCCAUCCUGUUUGAUUGUUCUGCUGACUCUUAUCCCCCCAAUACCUACUCCUGGAUCCAGAGGGCUGACAAUACAACAUAUGUCAUUAAGCACGGGCCUCGCUUGGAAGUUGCAUCUGAGAAAGUCGCUCAGAAACCAACUGACUAUGUAUGCUGUGCUUACAACAAUGUAACUGGAAGACAAGAUGAAACCCAUUUCACAGUUAUCAUCACUUCUGUGGGACUGGAGAAGCUUGCACAAAAAGGGAAAUCAUUGUCACCUUUAGCAAGUAUAACUGGAAUAUCACUAUUUUUGAUCAUAUCCAUGUGUCUUCUCUUCCUAUGGAAAAAAUAUCAACCAUACAAAGUUAUAAAACAGAAGCUAGAAGGCAGACCAGAAACAGAAUAUAGGAAAGCUCAAACAUUUUCAGGUCAUGAAGAUGCUCUGGAUGACUUCGGAAUAUAUGAAUUUGUUGCUUUUCCAGAUUCUUCUGGUGUUCCCAGGAUGCCGAGUAGUUCUGUCCUAGCCACUGAUGGGGUAUCUGGGCAAGAUUUGCACAGUACCAUUUAUGAAGUCAUUCAGCACAUCCCUGCGCAACAGCAAGACCAUCCAGAGUAA